AUGUACUCACUUUAUAGUUUGUUGUUUUUGAAAUAUCUACUUUUUAUAAUACAAACAGUGAAUAGUGAACAAAACGAAACGACGUCAACCACAAACAACAAUACGAAUCAAAAAGUUACUGAAAGAAAAAUCACGGUUACCAACCAAACAUCGAACGAAGUUAGAAAGUUUGACGUUUUCAAACCGAGCGUUCAAAUCAGCGGAAAUUUGUACACAAAUCAACAAUCGAAAACAAUCGAUUUACCUCCAAUCGAUGACUGGUCGUCUUGGAACAAGAAAUACGACGAAACGUCAAUACAAACGCCAUGGAGAUACUCGAAAAUCAAAUUCCCCAACGAGGAAACUAAUUACCAAACUUAUCCUUCAAUUAACCCGACGGUAAAACCGCAAAGUAUGUGGAAUAAAUUUAUGAGUUUUACCGGUUUGAAUAAUCCAUCGUCGAAAUCUUUCUACAACGAUCAUUUAGAACCUAACACGUAUAUUUACCAUGGUAAUAAUUUGGAACACCAUCCCCAUUAUAUUCCGAAAGAACAUUAUCAUCCAGUCGAACCUUAUGGGGGUUCAAUCAGCCCUUGGAAGAAAAUUCUCAAAGUAUUAGCUACGAUCGUCCCUUUAGGGCUGCUUUUGGGCGCCUUAACACCUACUAUUAUAACAGUAACACCAACAAACGAAACAGAGAGUAGAUUCAAUAGAAAAAACGACGCGGUUGACACCAUUAUGGAUAAAGUCGCGAACUCGUUGAAUACCCUUCAAAAAUUACAACAAGAUGGCUGCGAACAAAAAGUUUUUUGCGAAUUAUUGGUCAACGCUAUGCUUUCCAAAAACGCCGAAGAACACAUCAAAAAUUUAUUAGAUAACUUCGUAAAGAGAUCUGGUAUUAACGAAACAAGUUUUAUGAAAGUCCUAGAAGCGGUCAAAAAUCAAAAUUGUUCAUCUAUUAUUUGCAGAAUAGUUAAAGAUCCAACGUAAUAUGAUAAAUACAUCGAUUUAUUAAAAUAACGUUUAUAAAAUAUACUAUUUUCAUAAUAAACAAGUAUUUUUGAAAAACCUA